AUGCCGGUGCCGCAUCUCCGCCGUGCCUCUUUGACCAGCCGGUCAUCGAGGGACCCAUCACCCGCCAGCGGCGAUGAAGAAAUUGUUGAACCGGAACAGGGGAAUGAAGACUGGGAGCGACCGGCCCAGCUCAUCCUGUCGCAUAUCAUUUCCCAACUUCGACCGGGCGCCGACUUGAGCCGAGUCGUGCUGCCCACCUUCAUCCUAGAACCGCGAUCCAUGCUCGAGCGCAUUACAAAGUACGUGUGGGCCUCUACCGCUCCCAAAGCGCUCCAGGUUGGCACGGGAUGGCCGUGCCCUGUAGCCUGGGCCAACCGGAACUUUAUGGCGCAUCCAGAGACACUUCUUCCCAUGUCGGAAAUUGACGAUCCCGUCGAACGAUUUGUCGCCGUGGUGAAAUUCUACCUAAGUGGAUGGCAUAUCAAGCCUCCCGGUGUCAAAAAGCCCUUAAAUCCUGUCCUGGGAGAGACUUUCACCUGCUACUGGGACUAUCCUGAUCAGACCCGCGGAUACUAUAUCUCCGAGCAGACCUCGCACCACCCACCCAAGUCCAGCUACUUUUUCAUAGCCCCGGAACACCACAUUCGAAUCGAUGGUACCCUGAAGCCUCGCAGCAAAUUUCUGGGAAACUCUGCCGCCAGUCUGAUGGAAGGCAUUGCGAUACUGCGCCUGCUAAAUCGGGGUCAGGACCAAAAAAAGGGAGAGAGAUAUAUUGUGACACAACCCAACAUGUACGCGCGCGGCAUCUUGUUCGGCAAAAUGAAGUAUGAGCUAGGCGAUCACAGUUAUGUGCGGUGCCCGGAAAAUCACCUUGUGGCCGAUAUUGAGUUCAAGACCAAGGGCUACUUCUCGGGCACAUACAACGCUAUUGGGGGCGUGAUCAAGAACGAGCAGACCGGUGAAGUGCUCUAUGAGUUGUCAGGCCUGUGGAAUGGCGAGAUGCACAUCAAGGAUGUCCGCAAUCAUCACAAGGAAGUACUUUUCGAUGCUACACACGCAAGACACGCCAAGCCGCGUGCGCGUCCCAUCAGUGAGCAAUCGGAGCGCGAGUCCCAGCGCUUGUGGGAACCUACGGUCAAGGCGAUCAUCGCGCAAAACCACGCUCUAGCCACAGAUGAGAAGACGAAGAUCGAAGACCGGCAACGGGAGGAGGCUGCGAAGCGUGUCGAUGACGGAGUCGAGUGGCGUCCCCGAUUGUUCCGCCAUGUGGAAGGUGGCCCCGGAGGUCGCGAUGAAGGCGAAGAGGAUCUGGACUGGAUCAUCAAUGCGGAAGUAGACGCCCAAGACCCGCAACUCGCCGUACAGCAGAUCCUGGCUAUUGCACCGAUCCUCGACGGCCAGAAAGACUCCAGCCAGUUCCAGAUUCCCCCGCAUACAUCCGAACCUAUCGAGUCUGCGACCCACAACGUGUCCGCCCAGCAGAAUGUAGCUGCUCCAACCUCGGACGCUGCCAUUCAACCUUCUCAUGCGGUUGCUCAACCGCCCAACGCUGUUGCCCAACCACCUCAGCCAGUCGCGUUGCCUCCAGAUGCCAUUGCGCAACCUCAUGUCCCAGCCGUUCAACCCCCGAGCACUGAGCUACCCAAAGGCACUGAAUCUACCGUGCCCCCAGUGGUGCAGCGAAUGGACACCGAAACGCACAAGGUGGAACAAUUCGUGGACGCCAAGGAGUCAUAG